ACAAACUUUUCUCUGAGACUUCCAUCGCUAUACCUACUCCAAAAGCCAAGUGAUGGGGAACCAAUUUCAGUUGCAUAGACGAAAAAAGAUCAGAGUCAAUGGUUUCGUCAUUGAUGCUUCUAACAUCACGUUAGCAAAGUGGAUUUUUCAGACGUAUCCAGAGACUACAGAUAAUGUCAAAGUGCAAAACCAAAGUCUCAGGAAUACAUACAUGAACCUUCUCUGCCGCACCAUCGGGAUACUUUACCACACGCCUCUUGGUUAUCUCACCGAAGCUGAAUUGACCAAAGCCUCUAAGGAUUUGCAUGAUCUGACACAAGUCGGUUUUAAACUCGACUGGUUGAAUUCUAAGUUUGACAAGGUCUCCUCGGAAAAGAAGACUUCUGAAGAACGGAUUGUGGAACUCAAAUUAGAGGUCAAGAAACUCGUGAUGACCGUGUCUGAUCUCAAAGUUGAGAGGAAAAACGAGAAAAAGAAAUUGAAGAAGCAACCAAGCUGGAUACACUUGGCCUAA